UCCAGAUUUAAAAAAGAAAAAAAAGAAAUGACAUUUUACCAAUUGCAAAUACAUUUUAAAUUCGGUUGGUUGAUGCAUGUUCAACAAAUAUUAUUAUGUUGAGAGAGUUGUUUUGACGAUGAAGGUCGAGAUUGUUUCGAGAGAAACCAUCAAACCAUCCUCUCCAACUCCCCAACAACUCAAGAUUUUCAAGCUCUCUCUUCUUGAUCAACUUGCUCCCUCAAACUACUCUCGAGCAAUUUACUUCUAUCCUGCAAAUGCCAAUGUUAGUCCUCACCACCAUGCCUCUGGUGUCCAAGCCAAAACACUGCAGCUUCUCAAGGCAUCUUUAACGAAUAUUCUCACUCUCUACUACCCAUUCGCAGGAAGAUUCAAAGACCGUAGUUCCAUUGAAUGCAGCGAUGAAGGUGUUGACUUUGUGGAAGCUCGAAUCAACUGUGUUUUAUCUCACCUACUCCAAAACCAUGAUGCCGAACAACCUGAAGAAUUACUACCCGUUGAGGCCGAAUCAAUGGGCGCUACAACAGGUAGUUUGCUUCAAGUUCAAGCCAACUUUUUUGUUUGUGGCAGCAUAGCUAUUUCCAUAUGCCUUUCCCACAAGGUAGCUGAUGCAGUCUCAUUUUUCACAUUCGUCAAGAGUUGGUUCUCCACGGCUAGAGAGUCGUCAUUUCCAGCAAUGCAUAAUCCUGAAUUUUUCUUCCGAUCAGAUUUUCUUCCUCCACAAAAUUCUUUAUUGCCUCCGCUUGAUUUUAGUCGAGGCAAGUGUGUAAGGAAGAGGUUUGUUUUCAAUUCUACUAGUAUCGCGAAGCUGAAGGCUAAAACCGCUAGUGCAAGCGUGCAACAACCCACAAGAGCGGAAGCAGUGACGGCACUACUUUGGAAAUGUGCAAUGACCACAUCAAGGUUAGUACAGGGGUUUUCAAGCAAAUCUUUAUGUUUUCGUCGCAUAAAUUUACGAAGCAGGUUUACCCCGCCCUUGUCAGAAUUUACAUUUGGCAAUCUCGUGGGGUUAUUGGUCACUCCCAAGAAAAUGAUGGAUGAGGAAAUGGAGAUUGAUUUGACGUCAUCAGUUUGUCAGCUAAGGAAAGGUAGACAAGAGUUUAAGGUAGAUGAUCUUGAAGGUCAAGAUUUGUUGUUAGGUGAAAGUGAAACUAACAAGAAGGAAAUUGGAAAUUUGAUAAGAAAGGAGAAUGUUCAUUUCUUUUUUUGUAGUUCUGUAUGUGGAAUGGAAGUAUAUGAGGCUGAUUUUGGGUGGGGAAAGCCUAUAUGGAUGUGCCUUAGCAAUAUAAAGAAACCAAAUGUUGCUUAUUUAGUGGAUACAAGAGAUGGUGAUGGAAUUGAAGCCUUGGUUUGCUUGAGUGAAGAGGAGAUGGCUGUUUUUGAACGUAAUGAAGAACUACUUGCCUCUGCUACUUUGAGCCCUAAUAUCCUUGAUGUCAACAUAUGCGCUGGAAAUAAGAAUUCAAGACUCUAAUUAAAGCUUGCCUAGGAAGAAGAAGAUCGAGAAGUUAUCUCCAUGAUUGCUUUGAAUUAGUUGCUAAGCAAGAAUUUCAUAUUGCUUUCUUCAAUAUUCAUUAUCAACAAUACUUAUUUUCCUUUAAUUUGUUUGAAACUUGUGAUUCACAUGGGGAAGUCGACUAGUGGAUCGAGCUAAACA